UAAUUGAUGGAUGUUGUGGGUGGGCGAUGAACUGAUUAACUGAUGCUGUCACUGUUGUUAGUUCUUUUUACAAAGUGCGGCUGAACCUAAAAAGAACAGAAGUUAAUGUCAAUGCGAGGAUGUGCAUAUCAAUACAAAGAAUAAAGAAUGUCUGAUGUGGACCGCGAACGACUCGCGGUGCCUGCAGCUCAUAGUGUUUUCUCACAACACACAAAUUCUGGAAGUUACAGUGGUACCAGUGUUGCUGGUACAUCUUCAGCAGCUCCACCUUUUGCACCUCGCCCUCACUAUGGCCAACAAGUUCGGCAACAGCAUCAGCAACGAUUGCAUAGUACGGCUGCCUCUAGUAGGAGUGGAGGGACCUCUCACACCGAUCGUAUUCCCCCUUCUGCAGUGUCAGCAACUUCAUCUUCAUCCACAACUGAGUGCAAUAUCCAUGAGAUCUGCUAUUACUUCCAACAGGCAAUAUUCAUUCUGGCCAUCAUGACUGGCGUAGCCCUGGUCAUUGCUGGUGCGGUUAUGCAUGUUCAGAAUGGUGAGCUUUUAGUUCUUGUGUACAUAGGUGUACUCCUUGGAGCCGUGAACACUGUACUUCUUACAAUUCAAUGCUGUGUUCGCCGUAAGCAAAAAAAGCGGUCUCGGGCUUAUCGUUCCACACGUCCACAACAAGGACCACCCUCCUCUGCACCAUCAAGUGCUGUCAUCCGCUAUGAUCCUCUCAGUAAUCCUCUACUUUCUACCACCCAAACUGUUUCAUCUGGAGAUGUUCAGCAAUAUCAUUAUAAACACUACCACAUACAUUCUCCAAAUGUUACUCAACCUGCUUUUCAAGAGUUCCCUGUGCAACAAGGCAUAUUUGCCCAAUCUCCUACAGAAUCAUCUCAAACACGAUUUCAUCAUGGAGUACCUUACCACAGAUCUGGAUCUGUAGCUGGACAUCACCGCCAUACCAAAGGACUCUACCAAAAGUCUCCACCGUUAGGUCAAGCUCAUCGUCCUCUGCUCAACACUUUAGGGCCCCAACAGCCAAAUUUAAGAUCUGAUGUUUGUCCUCAAGAAUCAUACAAAACCACUGUUGCACCUCCUAGCUAUGAAGAUAUACUUCGUUCUGGGCGACUUCCUCAAGAUGGCACAACAGUUCACUUAAUUUAA